AUGAACUGUCACCAAGUACUAAGUGGUGCCUGUAAUUCAGGAGAUCAAUGUUUUGCUGUAGGUUCUGUUGAGGGAGUACCAUUUACAGCAUAUGCAGCAGGAUGCAACAUAGUAAUACUUGCAUCAAACUUUGAAAGGGUCCAGAUAAUACCAGGUGCCAUCCAUGGCUAUGUUCGCAUCAGUUCUUUAGACUGUAGUACAGAUACAGGAAAAAUCGCUGCUGCAUAUGGAGCAGAAGUCUGCAUUUUUGAACCAACACCACUCAUACAUACCGCUGCAACAACUCAUGGUCUGGAGUAUCGAUGGGUGCAAACGGGCAAACUUGUGGCGGAUGGUCCAAUCACUGCGCUAUCUUGGAACCUCGAAGGCACACGCUUGCUCACCGGCGGCAAGAUAUUACAGCUAUGGCAUCAGGCUUCUUUGUACCAGGAUGACAGUCAACCAAGUUCCGGCGUCACAUUUCAAAUUGGCGGAGAUAGAGACGAAAAACCAAACAAGCAGCCAGACGAUGAGGAACCUGGCUGGAUUUGUGUAUGGCAAUGUCAUACGGCAACACCAGCGCACCACCUCGCCUUCUCGCCUGACGGCGUGCUCUUCGCCACGUCCGGCAUGAACGAUAGGCUUGUUAAGAUCUGGUUCCAGAACAAAGUACUGGCGCAGGCUCACGGCGAGCACUCGGCGCCCGAAUUAAAUUAUACGUUCGUCUACGUCGCUCACCCGCGUGCGGUUACGCACUUGUCGUGGCGAAAAACCAGCAAGUACAUGCCCAAGGGCAGCGUGGGCAACGUGCUGGUGACGUCGUGCGUGGACAACAUCUGCCGCGUGUGGGCGGAGACGCUGCUGCCGGAGGACGAGUGGGGCGGCGACGCGUACUCGCGCUCGCCACCGCGCCGCCAGCGCGCCACGCACCGCCACAAGCACCGCUUCAUGCAGCGCCUCAAGCACAUGAAGACCUGUUUCCACAUACGACGGAACGCCCAAUCCUCCAAGCAGCCCGGCGCGCCAAUUCCCACAUUGCCAUCCACAUACAGUGCACAUGACUUUCAUAACCCUUACCACGCAAGUUCCUAUACUGGAGGUCUUCACUUUCAUUUGGCGGCGUCAAUAAAUGCCGAAACGGAUAUCCCACUGGUGCCUUCUCUGGCGGGCGGUGGUCGUUUCAUACUACAUUGGUUACACAACAAAGAGAUGCAUUUCACCAGCCAAGCGGAAACCAUACUGCAUGACCUCACUAAAAAAGUCUUAGAUAAGGAAGAUAAUGAGGAUGCAGUUUCUGGUUUAGAUCACACCCCACAUCAAGACGGAGAAAAUGAAUCAAGAUCUAGGCGACCAAGCCAUCAUUUGACUAAAGUACAAUCGGAAGACAAUAGCAAUAGUGAUGAGCAACCAGGCAGCGGCAACCACAGCCACCCGAGCCUGUCCAACACGACGUCGAUCAACUCGAUCGCGACAGACGUCACGUGCACGCACCUGCCGGACUCGCUCGACGCUAAGAUCGAGGCGCUGCUGCGCGACUGGCACCAGAGCCCCGACCUGCUCUUCUCUAUACACCCCGUCGAUGGCAGCUUUCUCAUAUGGGUUUGCGAGUGGCUGGACGAGGUGCAGGCGGGCGCGAUUCGGCAGGCGCAGGUGUCGUUCUCGGCGCGCAUCCCGAGCGCGUUUCCUCUGGGCGACGCCACCACCAUGUGCACUCCAGCCGCGCUGUACCACGCCGCCGCGCAGCCGCUGCACGUGCGCCACCGCACCAAGCCCGUCGCGCCCGGUACGUACCGACACGCACCGGCACGUGCCCGCUGGGCGACGCAACCACCAUGUGCACGCUGGCGGCCGCGCUGUACCACGCCGCCGCGCAGCCGCUGCACGUGCGCAACCGCACCAAGCCCGUCGCGCCCGGUACGUACCGACACAGACCGGCACGUGCCCGCUGGGCGACGCCACCACCAUGUGCACGCCGGCUGCUCUGUACCACGCCGCCGCGCAGCCGCUGUAUGUGUGUCACCGCACCAAGCCCGUCGCGCCCGGUACGUACCGAGACGCACCGGCACGUGCCCGCUGUGCGACGCAACCACCAUGUGCACGCUGGCGGCCGCGCUGUACCACACCACCGCGCAGCCGCUGCACGUGCGUCACCGCACCAAGCCCGUCGCGCCCGGUAUGUACCGACACGCACCGGCACGUGCCCGCUGGGCGACGCCACCACCAUGUGCACGCCGGCUGCUCUGUACCACGCCGCCGCGCAGCCGCUGUAUGUGUGUCACCGCACCAAGCCCGUCGCGCCCGGUACGUACCGAGACGCACCGGCACGUGCCCGCUGUGCGACGCAACCACCAUGUGCACGCCGGCAGCGCUGUACCAUGCCACCGCGCAGCCGCUGCAUAUGCGUCACCGCACCAAGCUCGUCGCGACCGGUACGUACCGACACGCACCGGCACGUGCCCGCUGGGUGACGCAACCACCAUGUGCACGCUGGCGGCCGCGCUGUACCACGCCACGCAAGAAAAUUCGAAUUACAAAGUCCUUAACAAAGUUCAAAACCCAACUGCUUUAAAAUGGAAAAGCCAACAACAACCGGAAACCGUAACAACGCCGUUAGCAAGUGUACAAGAGGAAAAAGAUGAAAACGAGUGGACACAAAACGACGAGCACAGAGAAUCACAAAAAAAUGGACAUCGAGAAGAGAAUAAUAAUGAACUACAAAGGCGGACUAGUGUUGCUACUGAAGAUUUGGGUGAAAAUCAAGAUGGUGCUGUGUUAGAAUCGGCACCGGUUAUCUCAAUGGUCACCAAUCACAGAAAUGGAACGCUCAACCUAUGGCAGCUGACGUUCGACGACAAAUCUAAAUUCUCACAGGUGCUAUCAAUAGGUCAUGCUUCAAGAGCCUCCGGACAUAGAUUUAGGGUCAAUGACAUCACAUGCCAUCCAGUAUUACCUUUAUUGUUGACAACGAGUCAUCAUAACAUAUCUGACAACGAGCGUGGGCAGCAGAAGGCGGACGACGCCGCGGCGGCGGGUGGGCUGUGUUCGGAGCUGAUCAUGUGGCGUGUGGAGUGUGUGGGCCCGCUGGGCAAGUCCGGCGGCGUGUCGGAGCUGGCGCGUGUCAACUCACCGCACCUGUCCGCCUUUAGCAACGUGGCCUGGCUGCCCACGCUGCUGCCCAGCUCUACUUUAGGAAAUUUAUCAAAUUCACCGUCCGCCUGCUUUGUGGCGAGCGACGGUGAGAGCUUGAGACUCUUUCAAGCCGUCAUUGACGCUCGUACCCUGUUAGCGGAAAUAGCUACGUCGGAGCGACGUCAUAAGGACACUAUGGUCGACACGAUGUCGCUGUCCUCGGAGUCGAGCGCGGAGGAGGGCGGCGGCGGGGCGGGCGGCGUGCCGCUGCACGACCGCAUCAAGAUCGUGUCGCAGCAGUCCACGGCGCGGCCCGGCGCCGUCAUCCAGCUGCACGCCAUCGCCGACGCAGCGCACGACUGGCACAACACGCAGCUGCUACACGUCUUCCAGGAGCAACUCAUCACCGGUGAAAGGACAAACGCCGAUACGGAAAGCGGGGAUUCAGGCGUCGAGGGCUCUGAAGUAAACACAAUCACUGAGGCUGGAUAUGAGGCUAUAGUCGACUUACGGAAGGCUGCCGUGUUCAAUGAGCCAUUCUACAUAGUCGUGUUAGAACGUACCGAUGGAGGGUCUACGGUGCAUAUGUGGAGGUUAAAUGUAUCUUCCCAGGCUGACCUCUCAGAUGAUAUGGCAAACAGCAUGAUGUACGUACCGGAUAGCGCGUUAGUCCAGGAAGAAGAAGGUGGUGAAUCUCGUAAAAACUCUGUGUGUGUUGACGGUGAUCGAGCAAUUCCUCAAACACCCGUGCAUUCUCAUCUGUCAAUUUCAACUAAAAAGGUGUGCGAGUGCCCGCUGGCGCUGCCGGACGGCGUGGACGUGAUCCACGCUACGCCGGCGGCCGGCCACCUCAGCUCGGCGUCCAUCUACCCGGCCUGCCUGGCGCCCUACAUACUGGCCACCGCCUGCUCCGACAGCACCCUCAGGUUUUGGAGAUGUAAUGUAACAAAAAGUGAAAAUGGUGAAAUGGAAUAUACUUGGAAAGAAUGGGAAAUGAUGAACAAAGACCAAGAAUCUACUAUAGACAUUCCAGGGCAGCCUUUGCACAUUAGCGCGGCGUACUCGGGUCGCAUCGCAUGCGCGUACAAGUGCGGGCGCUCGUUCACGCGGCCUAAGGGCGGGAGCGGCGGCAACGGUACCAACGGAACCAACGGCAGCACCGGCAGCAACGGAAGCAGCGACGCGCGCUUCGUGAACCUGUGCGUGUGCGUGUACGAGUGCGAGAGCACGGGCGGCGCCGAGUGGCUGCUGGAGGACACCAUCCCGCUGCGCAACGUCAGCCUGCCGCGCGCCGGCCUCGGCGCCGACACGCAGAUCGACCUCUCCUACCUGCACGACACCUCCUUCAUGCAGAAGAAGCAGCGGCUCACGCAGGUUCUGCAAACAUUAUCAUCAGACGACAGCAGAAACAACCGCAAUGGUGAGGGUGAUACUGGUAAAUCGGCAGGACUUCUAGCAGUGCCAUCUUUCAGUACUUUGCAAUCCCUUCGUAGAAGUAUUAUGGAGAACGGCAAUACUUGUCCCUUAACACAGAAGCAUUUGGUGCAGCUAGAUUGGGUUUCGAAGGAAGAUGGCUCGCAUAUUCUGACUGUAGCUGUAGGCUCUAGGCUAUUACUUUUUACGCCAGUUUCGAGUGACCUCGCCCAGGCGAAUUUGAAGGCAAUGAAAGAAUCAAUAAAUAACAACCGUCCAAUAUUACGUAAGGCUUCCUCUCUUGCGGCGCCGUUAUUUGUGGAAGAAAUAAGAUGGAUGCAACUGAGACGAAUCGACUUGAAAACUGCUGACGGCUUACCACCGCUUCCAAUGCAGAUUUCUUGGGUCCGUGACGGUAUAUUGGUGGUAGGCAUGGACUCAGAAAUGCAUGUAUACUCGCAGUGGAAACCAGAGCACCCUGAAGUACCUUCGGGACAAGACAAGGAAAUUGAGGAAUGCAAUGAAUCUCGCGCUCUCCGCGAUUCAGACUUGCGCGUGUCCGCACCACAUCUGCAACGAGUGUCCUCAAUAAACUUACAACUAUUGGAACGAGACGCUAGACGUCGAAAUAAAACUCAGUCAGAUCAACCUCAGCCUUUAUUAAAUUACAUGCCUGACUAUGGAUUAUUCGAGGCGUCCCAAAUGGCUUGUCCAGUUCUACCACAAUAUCAUCCGAAACAAUUAAUGGAGUUACUGAACAGCGGAAAGAUUCGAUGGGUAAAGGCGAUACUCGCUCAUUUGGUCAGAUGUAUCGGUGGCACAUACACAGGUCGUAGUUCUCAAGGCGAUGAAGACAGUCUCUCAAGACAGCGCGGCUGGUCGCGCUCGCGCACCAUGUCGGUGUCCUUCGCGGCCGGUGCCGCCUCACCGCUAGACGGCGUCACGCAGAUCACCGAAGACGUACAAUUAGAUUACGCUGAAUUGACAUCAGUGCCGCCGCUUCCGCUAUGGACCUUGUUAGUUGCCGACAAAGAGUCCCCGCAUCAUCCGUCCACUAUUCAAGAGGCUAAGGAUUACAAUGAACUUUUUGAUGGAACAAUUGAAAUGGAAGACGAUUUGGAUGCACUUCUACUUAGCGAAGAAGACGGUAUCGAUCGGCGCCCUUCAAUGCCGGAAAGACAGCCACUCUCGCAUUUUGGACCCAGACAAGGGCGCAUCCUGUCGCGGCUGCUGACGCACACGCACCUGCCGGGGCUGAGCUCGCUGGACCAGAUGCACCUGCUGGCGCUGGCCGACACCGUGUCCACGUGCGACGCCGACUUCACCGAGCGCUUCGCGGCCAACGCGCGCCUCGAGUACGCGCACAACGCCCCACAGGACUUCAUGCCCGACUCUCUAGAUGAUUGCGGCUUACGCUUCCUGCUGGCAAUGAAGCACUAUGGCUACUUGUUGCGGUGUCUUCCACUGGCGCAACGCGCAACGUUGCAACGAAAUGGCGUCGGCACGUGCAACUUGGUAUGGGCUUACCAUUCGGAGACGCACGAACAGCUGCUUUCACUGAUACCUGGCUACACAAAAGGACAGCCAAAGUGGUCUACAAUGAGGGAAUUGGGCGUGGGUUGGUGGGUUCGCGGUGAUUUGCUGCGCACGGCCGUAGAGAAGUUAGCACGCGCCUCGUACAUGACGAAGCAGGACCCGAUGGACGCCGCGCUCUUCUACCUCGCCAUGAAGAAGAGAAUGCUGCUAUGGGGGUUGUUCCGCUCCAACCGUGACGACAAGAUGACGGCGUUUUUCGCCAACGAUUUUUCGGAAGAUCGGUGGCGUAAAGCAGCCUUAAAGAACGCUUUCGUACUGCUUGGUAAACAGAGGUUCGAACAUGCAGCCGCGUUUUUCCUAUUGGGAGGAGCUUUGAAGGACGCUUUAGAGGUGUUAAUUACACGCUUGGGAGAUUUGCAAUUGGCUAUGGUUAUUGCUCGGCUCUAUGAGUCCGACAAUACAUUGCCACCUAGUUUGAAGAAGUUAUUAAUGGAUGAGGUUCUUGGUGGUGAAACAGAAGAUGGAGAAAUAGACCUAGAAAGAGCUCAUCCCGACCCAUUUAUACGUUCGAUGGCCCUAUGGGAACUGAAACGUUACGGCGAAGCUUUGGACACGCUGAUAUGUCCCGCGGGUCGACUGCACUCGGCCAGGGACAACGAGCCAAUGCCCAGUGUGUUCAAUUUCUAUGUCUAUCUUCGCACACAUCCCCGGUUAAAACGAAACAACUUGCCAUGUCAGGGUGGGACGCUAGCUCUCCUGCAACAGGAAGUGGAAGAAGGCAUCACACGUCUCGAGCGUCGCCUGUACUUCCAAACUGCACAUGGCCACUUCAAGGCGGGCUGCCCGGCAUUGGCUUUAGAAGUUCUCUCAAAAUUACCUGCUCGUGUGAGAGAUCAGAAAUUGAAACAGCCUAUCGCUGCGCCAUCUGUUGAGGAAACAUACAUACAUACUGGACAGAUUGUGGAAAACUUAACCACCAAAAAGGAAGAAGAAAAUCUCGAGUGGGUUUCGACGUCACUAGACUGGGGCGCGCCGGUCAGUUCUACAAAAGAUGACGAGCUCGUUCUCACAUGGGAUGAUGAAGACAAAGAAUCUGAAGAUUCCGGCACAUCUACUCCGCCUCUAGAAAUGAAAAUGGACAAACAAGAAACUAUGGUAAAUGGACUCGAUUCAGACAAGAAAGAAGAACCACCUUUAGUUGACAUUAUGGCGCAACAGCUUAAAUUCGUAGCCUGUCUCAAGAUAUUGAUGGAAGAACUUAGCACACUGGCUACAGGCUUUGAAGUUGAUGGCGGGCACUUGCGCUACCAGCUGUACAUCUGGCUGGAGCGAGAGGUGGAGGCGCUACGGCGGCUGUGCGGGUACGCGGCGGCGGGCGGCGGGGGCGGCACUGGCGCGGGCGGGGGCGGUGCGGCGGGCGGCGAGCUGCUGUGCGCGGACGCCGAGCCGCCGCCGCUGCCCGAGCGGCCCACGCUGCACCAGCUGCUCGUGCGCGAGAAGGCGGACUUCGAGGCCAAGGUGCAGCGCGCCGUACGCCGCCGCCGCUGGCUCAAAGCGAAUGAGACGCUGCUGCGCACGCUGCUGUCGUACUGCUCGCUGCACGGCGCGGGCGGCGGCGGGCUUGCAUCCGUGCGCAUGGAGCUGGUCCUGCUGCUGCAGGAGCUGGGCCAGGAUAAGCAGCACCAGCAACUGCUGUCGCCGCUGCCCUUCCCUACCACGCUACCCCUGCUGGCCGCCGCCGUCGCCACCAACAACACCGUCGUCGCCGACCCCGUGCGCCACCUGCAGUCAGUCGCGCACGAUAUGCUGGGCACGAUAGGAGAGUUGGGGAUUCCAGGCGGUGCCGCUACUAGAAUACUGCACACAUUAAGAGAGCUUGCUGUUGCACUGUCUGCGUGUAUCUACCAAAGUCUCUGCGAUUCUGACACGUUCAGCUUGAAACACGCACAUCAGGAUUGUGCCGCCCUCGUAGCAGAAACACCAAGCACUACAAAUCUACUUGUACGGCCCAGACGAUAUUCUGUUGAAGAGCUAUCUGUGACAACGCCACCGAAUAAGUGGCCUGGCGUGUCGGCGCUGCGCGGGCUGGCACUGCGAGCAGCCGAGGAGGAGGACUCGCCGCGGCUGGCCGUGCUGCUGGCGGAGGCGCUGUGCGCCGUGUACCUGGCGCUGCUGGGCUGGGCGCUGGCGGCGCGCGACCCCCACCUGCUGUACCGCCUCGCCGCGCACACACUCGACGCGCGCGCACACGCACGACUGUUCGGCGGCGGCGUGCGGCGCCUGCUCACCACCGCGCCCGCGCCCCCGCAGCCGAAAUUAGUGGAACGCCCUGAAGGAACGUCGGUGUGGUCGUCCCUUCGAGAAAAGCGGGCACUUUUACACAUGCGUCUACUCGGUAUGGGGCCCACGGCGCCGCAUAAGAACAUACAAGAAGGCCGACCUACAUACAGGGAGCAGUUCGUGCCACCGCAGUGCAGUAUAUUGACGUUCUUGCUCACAAAGCCAACCACUGAGCAUGACCAUGACCCUGAGAACAACGACUAUGACUCUGCAGAGUCAGGCUGUGAUGACGCCGAGGAAAGCAGUAGCGAGGGCGAAGAUGACGACAUCUUCGAUACCAACACCAAUAAACCCGAAAAACGACGUAAAGGUGCCAACACGGAACAUUCUAAUCCCGAUUCGUAUUCGUGGUACGUGAUGCGAGUGGCUAUACUGAAAAUUGCACAACACAAAUUGCAACAGUUCCUGCAGUUGUGCGGCAUCGAGAUGUCGGAGCUGGCGACGAGCAGCCCGAUGGUGCACGGCGCGCUGCGGCGCGUGGGGCAGUGGCAGCAGCAGCUGGCCGAGGCGCUGCAGGCGCGCGCGCCGCCGCCCGACUACAUCCCCGGCUGCUUCCCGGACCAGCAGACGCCCGGCCCGCCCAUCAACAAGUACAGAUGUUUACUGGAAAAACACAACACUCCCUUCAGUUCAGCGUUGUACAGUGCGGCUCCCGCAAGGCGUCUUUGGAGUUAUUUAGUUCGGCAGGAACAAGUUCAAGAAAUAUUCAUUCGCGCAGUGUUCUCGCGGCGGCGCGCUACGUCCGCAAGUGGCGGGGGCAGUGCGGGUGCGGGUACGGGGGUUGCGGGCGGGGCGGAGGGCACGGGCGAGGCGCGCGCCGGCUGCAUCCCGCAGCAACCGCCGCGCCACGACGACGACUUGCACAGCCCCGUGCGCAUCAUACACAAGGAGCAGGAUUCUAUCGCCGCAUUCUGCCUCAACAGGCUGGGCGGCGGGCUGCUGGCGGUGGCGACGGCGCGCGAGGUGCAGGAGAUGGACGUGUCGCUGCUGUUGCGCGGCGGCGCCAGCUGGGCCGAGGACGAGUGCGAGGUGGACCUGCUGGCGCUCGCGUCCGACCCUGCCGCGCUGCCCGACACCGGCUUCCUGCUCAUCCAGCACCACGACAGACCAAACAGCGGUUCUGUGCCAGGGACGGGUAACAGCUCUCCUUUAAACCCGAACGCACCACAAGUGCCGAUCGGCAUGGCGAGCCAAACGGGUCGUGGCGCUAGUGUCGUGAAGGGCCUCCAGUUUCCGGGUUGCCACGACGCGAAAUAUUGUCGUCUGGUGCUGCAUCGCUCCAAACUCCUCAUGAAACCGGUUCUGAAACAUAAGAUCGACAACAUCAAACGAAUGGCAGCGCAUCCUACACAACCGUUAUACCUGACGGGCGGCGCGGACGGGUCGGUGCAGCUGUGGGAGUGGGGGCACCCGUCGUGCGUGUGGUCGCCGCGUGCGCCUGGCGCCUUCGCCAAGGUGACGCGCGUGCGCUUCUCGGACUACGGCAACAAGUUCGCGGCGGCCGCCGCGGACGGUAACCUGGCGCUGUGGCAGCUGCACCCGCCCGCGCCGCACCACGCCGCGCACGCCCCGCCCGCGCCGCACGCCGCGCCGCACGCUGCGCCGCAUGCCUCGCCGCGACCCUUCUUUACUCAUCAGUGUCAUAGUAAAGGAAUAAGCGACUUCGUUUUCCUGGGUUCCUGUAGUUUAGUUGCCACAGCUGGUCAUAGCUCAGAGAGUAAAAAUGUUGCCAUAUGGGAUACACUUAUGCCGAUCAAGAAGGCACUUGUAGUUUCGUGGACGUGCCACGAGGGCGGCGCGGCGUGCGUGGCGUGGGCGGGGUGCGCGGGUGCGCUGGUGUCGUGCGGGCGGCGCGGCGACGUGCUGGUGUGGGACCUGCGCGCGCGCGCGCCGCGCCACAAGCUGCACGCGCACCACGCGCCCAUCAAGUGCGUCGCGCUCUCGCCGCGCGAGGACUACUACGCGAUCGGCGCCGCCGACGGCGACAUCAAGGUACCGCCACAAGCACAGCGCACAGCACACAGCGCCACAUAA